GGCAGUGAGUGGUGUGAGCCCAGAUUACAACCAACCAGAUACCGAAGCAGGAAAGACAGGAGCGUGGAGGAGAGAAUACAGGGAUACAAGCUCCUGACAUACACACUCCUUCUGUGUCAGUUGAAAAGAAAAACAGAGGUGAUUCCAUGCAGGUUUUCAUCAGGAAGAGGGAAGGAGAGUGACAAGGAGGGGAAGAAAAAGAAAGACGAGGAGUACUCUAUAUCCAAGAGCGAGCUUUUCAGAGGACAGUGCUGUCACAGAGGAGGAGGAGGUGUGGUGUGUGUGAGAGUGUGGGUUUACAGCAAAUCGGCGGCACAAGUGAUACGACACUGAAGUAUGUAUGUGAAGUGAACUCCCACACCAAGCCCCUCAUCAUCAAAACCCCAACGUCAUCUGCCAAGAACCAACCUGAGCUUUCACAAGCCAUGCUGAGGACCGGGAGCCAGCCGAAGUCUUACUGAACACCAUGGCCCAGGCUAAAGGGCGGCGAGAUGGCAUGGUGUCGUCCAAUGAGAACAGGCGCCGGCCGCUGUCAUCAGGUGAGGUGGAGGGCGUGCUGUGGCAGGGCCCACGGACCAUUUUCAUUCAGAAGAACUCGCAGGGAUUUGGCUUCACUCUGCGCCACUUCAUUGUCUACCCACCAGAGUCCUCGCUCCACAACAUCAAGGAUGAAGAGAAUGGAAAUGAAACUGGAAAAGCAGGUUGUCAGUGGUCUUCUUUGGAGCCAAUGGACACCAUCUUCGUGAAGAGUGUGAAAGAAAAUGGACCCGCCCAACAAGCUGGACUGUGUACAGGAGACAGGCUGGUCAAGGUGAAUGGGGAGAGCAUUCUGGGCAAAACCUACUCUCAAGUGAUCGAGCUCAUCCAAAACAGUGAAAACAUUCUGGAGCUCUCUAUUAUGCCAAAAGAUGAGGAUGUGUUGCAGUUGGUAAGUGUGUACCCCCAGGAUGCCUACCUGAAAGGCAAUAAGCCAUAUUCAGGCGAGGCCCAGAAGCUUCCUGAUCCACCACCUCUCUGUUACCCUUUCGCUAAGCCCAGCUCCACUACCCCACAGCCCAGCCACAACCUCCACAGUCCUCUGGACAACAGGCAGUGCCGACCCGGCCCCACCACCUCUCCACUGGACAAUCGUGACCCCGCUACUUCUACCCCCACCUCCGGCUGGCCCGGGGGUCCUGGGAAUUCCAGUGGCCACUCUGCCCCAUCCGGGUGGCACCGUGGCCGUUCCGCGUCGGCCAUCAAUGCGCUGGACUUUCACUUUGCUAACCACAAUGCUGCCAUCGCCUCUGCAACUCUGCCUCCGCCACGGAAGAGCAGCCUGCCGGCCUCUGCCCGCACUCACACCGAUGCUCUUUGCCACCAGGCUCUGUCAGACUGGUACUACAGCCAGGCUGAGGCUGCUGAGCACAUGUCCCCCCGCCACCGCAGUAUAUCUCAGGAUCGUUUAGCCGAGCUGGGGCUGGGGUUGGCGCUCUCGCCCGGCCCCACAUCUGCUUCCACAUCCUCUGUGGAGGAACGCAGAAGAGAGACACUCCUGUACCACCACCAGGCAGCUACUGCUUCCUAUGAUUCCUAUUGGCUAGGGGGCUGGGGCGGUGUAUCAGGACCUGGAAGCAGAUCUUGCUCAGAGAGCCUACUGGCAGCCUACGCCGAGUACGAGCACAACUACGGCCGUUCUGUGGAAACACUGGCACAAGCCUCUGCGCUGGUCUCACCACGCUAUGAACACUCUGCACAAGGCUGCCAAACGGCAAAAUUCAGUAAGCAGAAAUUCUCAGCAGGUCAUCAGCACCAAACCACCCCCCCCAUCACAGCCUCAUCCACAGUGCCUCCUAGUGGCAGGCAGUCAGGUCAUCAGGUAGCUGAACCCCAAACAAGGCGAGUAAAACAAGAGCUUGUGGGCGACAAAAGCUACAGCCCCUCUUUCUCCUGCAAAGCUGGCCACCUUCUCCAGCAGGCUCAUUCCUUCAGAGAGCCCAGCUAUAGGGGCCCUCACCUCAACUGGAGCCCAAACAGCAGAAGCAGCCCUGCGGACAGCGAGGGUGGGAUGACACCCAGGCCGCAGUCUACCCCUGCUCUCUCUGCGUCAGAGGAGGAAAGAGCCCGACUUGGUGAGGACAGGGAGGUCAUCUCCCCCAUCUCACUGCAUCAAGAGGUGGUCCUGAGGCAGAAGCCGCCUUCCAGCCGCCGAACCCCUGCACAGGCCCACUACACCACACCUGUGGAGUCAACUGAGUCCCCUGGUUUGACACCUCCAACAGGGACCCCUUCACCUGUCUCUGGGGGGCCUGGCUCCAGCCGUAGGGCUAAUGGUAGCCUGGCACAGCAUGCAUUCAACUCCCUGUCCUCUAUUCCCUUCAUUGAUGAACCUGCCAGUCCUAGCACUGAUAUACAGGCCUUCUAUGUACCAGCCUGCUCUGUGGUGUCCAGUUCCCAUGGCUCUACUAUGGCCACCCCCACUUCCACCUCUGUGUCCCUCACCUUGUCCUCCAUCUCCCCCUUUGUCCGACUUCGUUCUCAGGACUGCAGCAGUAUUAAAGGUCGCCGCUCCUCUUACCUGUUGGCCAUCACCACCGAGAGAUCCAAGUCCUGUGACGAGGGUCUCAACACCUUCAGGGAAGAAGGUCGUGUCUUCUCCAAACUACCAAAAAGAGUCAAGAGCUUUUUCAUCGAUGGGUCUCUGGAGAGCCUGCGAGCCCAGGAGGAGGCCCGGUCCAAGCGCCACUCCAUCUCUGAACUGUCCAUCACCGUAAGUGAUGUUCGCAAGGAGGGCUGGCUGCACUACAAACAGAUCCUCACAGAGAAGGGAAAGAAAGUAGGUGGUGGUAUGCGACCGUGGAAGCGUGUUUUCUCUGUGCUCCGGUCCCAUUCACUCUUCCUCUACAAAGACAAACGAGAAGCCAUCCUUCACGGGACGGGGCCCAGCCAGGACGAACAUCCUCCAAUUAGCAUCCGCGGCUGCCUGAUCGACAUCGCUUACAGUGAAACCAAGCGGAAGCACACCCUGAGGCUGACCACGCAGGACUUCUGCGAGUACCUUCUGCAGGCCGAGGACAGGGAUGACAUGCUGGCCUGGAUCAGGGUCAUCAGGGAGAACAGCAAGACUGACAACGAGGAGAUUGGUUUCUCAAGACAAGCUCUCAUCAACAAGAAGCUGAAUGACUACAGAAAACAGAGUCUGACAGGUAAUAAGCCAGACUCCUCUCCCAGAGCCCAUCGUAUGAUGCCCCCCUUCCUCCUGGCUAAGACUGACAACACCUCAGUGAACCGAGCCUCCAGAACUGAUGACAACAAGGCGCUGUGGGGAAUCAACAUCAUGAAGAAGGCCAAGAAGACAGGCAGUCCGAAGGCUUUUGGUGUGCGACUGGAGGACUGUCAGCCUGCUGUCAACCAUAAAUUUGUCCCUCUGAUUGUGGAGAUGUGCCUUGAUGUGGUGGAGGCGACGGGGUUAGAGUACACCGGUAUCUACCGGGUGCCGGGGAACAAUGCCAUGGUGUCUAACCUACAAGAGCAUCUCAACAAGGGCAUGGACAUCAACACUGCUGAGGAGAGAUGGCAAGACCUGAAUGUGAUCAGCAGUCUGCUUAAAUCCUUCUUCCGAAAACUGCCCGAGCCACUGUUUACUGAUGACAAAUACAAUGAUUUUAUUGAUGCCAACCGGAUAGAGGAUGCAGAGGACAGACUGAAGACCAUGAAGAAACUGAUCCAUGACCUCCCAGAUCACUAUUAUCAUACUCUUAAGUUUCUGGUGGGCCACCUCAAGAGGGUGGCAGAUCACUCUGAAAGGAAUAAGAUGGAGCCUAGAAACCUGGCUCUGGUGUUUGGUCCCACUCUGGUGAGGACUUCAGAGGACAAUAUGACCGACAUGGUCACCCACAUGCCUGACCGUUACAAAAUAGUGGAGACACUUAUCCUGCACCAUGACUGGUUCUUCAGUAAUGGAGAGCUCGAUAAGGAAGAUAAGGCCCCAGAGGAUAAGCGGGACAUGCAGCCUGUGCCCAACAUUGACCAUCUGCUGUCCAACAUCGGCAGGCCGGGCAUGCCUGGAGAGGCAUCAGUAGAUUCCACCAUCAGUGAUUCACUUAAGUCAAAGGUUUCCUUGGGCUCCAAGAAAGACCUGAUUGCCAGGGACUUUCUGCCCUUGUCCAUCAUAUCUGCUGUGACCCGCAAACGUAAAAAAUGCCUCAGUACCCACCUGCAGGGCAGCAGCGCUGACGAGGACUCUGAGCAUGAGCCAGUCAAAGCCAGCAACUACGGGGGAGGAAAAGGAGGUGAAGGGGAGGAGGAAGAGGAUAGAGAAGAGGAAGAGGUAGUCAAGGGAGAACACGCCAUUUCUGAAAAGGAAAAUGGGAUCAAAGCUGGAGAGAUCACAGUGGAAAAAGAUUCAUUGGUGGGAGAGACUGAAAAUGAUAUUGGAAACGGAACAAACGAUGCGGCAAAAAAAAUCGAAAGGGAGAGCAGGCAGAGAACAGCCUUGCUGGGAAAUGCACAGCAACUUUACCAUGCCACAUACCCAAGACCUGUGACUAAUCAGCCUUCCCAUUUGAGGCCCCACAAUCUGGCCAAAGGUCACCCCACAGUCCCUUUCUGGAUCCGCCCCACCAGGCUUCCCAACCUCUAUCAGGCUUCCAGCUUUCACGGGACCCAGCAGCCCGACUGGAACAAGUCAGCACCGGUCCGCUCCAGGAAGACCAGAGGUGUGAGGACGAGAGCUAUGUCCAUAAAUCUGGACUCUGAGCUGGGCAGGAGUGAGGACAAAGUCAGAGAAUGGAGAGCAGAGAGGGUGGAGGUGAUCAGAGUCUAUGAGGCAACAUCAGGUCCACAUGGAUGUGUUGAGGUUCCUCAGGGAUCAAAGGUAGGUCCCAGGUCGAGACAGCAAAUAGAACCUCUUCCUCGCCUUGCACAGGAGGCCCCCCAUCUCUCCUCCUCACCCUCUGGAUGUGUAGAUCAAAACUCCCCAGGAUCUUCCUCUGUGGUCCUAAGGAGAUCAGCCCUGGUCCCACGUGACAAAACAAGAGCGUGGCGUCGCCACACAGUAGUAGUUUAAUCUAAUUGUUUCGAUCACUAAUGCAGUACCAAGUACUUGCCCUUUACUUACAAACACUAGAUAACCUGUGUCGCGGCUUCUAAAGCCAAGUCUCUGUCAAAUUGCUUUAGGCAUCUCAGUUGUCUCAAGACUCCUCCCUCUUGGCUUUUUAUUGGCACUAAAUUUGGAGACGUUUUCUCAUGGAAAAGGACUUCUUGGACAUUGUGUGCAGUUGUAGAGUUCCAUUCCAAAAUGAGAUAACCACCAAUUGAAAAACAACUCUCUCUGAAAAAAAUAUACAAAUUCUACUUUUCAGCUACUUUUGAACUAUUAAUCUGUUCCUAUUUACUUACAAAAUAAUUGUCGAUAUAAUUAUCAAUGCCCUUAUAUAUUGUGCAAAAAACUUUUGGAUAGUAGGGAAUCGAGAGACUGGUAUUUCCUAGAAAUUCUUGCCAAGAUCAAAUCAGGUUACCAGUGGGAAUCUGUGAAUUUUAGCUUGCGUUUUAACAUACUGCGCUUCCACACGUGUUGUAGAUGUAGUCAGACCUUGAACUGCCAUUAUCAAGGCACAGUAACACCAGAAAGUGGCACAGUGAAGUUCAUCCAUGAGAAAUCACAUCCUUGUGAAAUUGCUAACACCCUAACCAACCAGGACACCCCAGUAGUAACACACUAGUGCUAUUCAGUCACAAUAGCUCUUUGAGCUUCUGUAGUUUGCUAAUUGACACUUAGCUUAACAGUAACAGGACAAUAAUUCACAUUGUUUUUAACUAUCUAAAAACCAUACGUCCUUUGUGGAGCAUUUUCCUCCUGCAGAAGACUAAAUGGAAGUUUAUGGUGCAACACAGCUAAUAAACUGCAGUAGCUUUAACUGUUAGGCAUCAGGGAGCCCGGUUUAAUUAUUAAUAAUGUAUUAUAUUGGCACUUCAACUUAAAUGCAUUAUUUGCACUUUCAGCAUUAUUGACAGCUCAACAUCACAAUUCCCUUAAUUAAAAAUGAAACUAGUGAAAUGGUUGAUCAACAAAGCAAAUAUUUGUAUAGUUGUUAGAUUUUGUUUUUAAUUGUGCGCACAAAUGCCCAACAUGACUUUAAUUGCAAGUCAUCUAACGUUCCAGAACCUUGUGUAUGGCUCAUGAUAUAGUCGUUUUUUGUGUUGAAUUGAAUUGCCAGGACUUACAUGUAAUAGUUAUUAACACCAAAUUACAACAGUGGUCAGCGGUGCAAAGUUACGCAUUGCAGUUGAAUUUACUUUGUACAUUUUUGCCAUUUUAAAUGCUGAUGUUACCGGGCCCUUAUAGCAAUGUACUUGGAUACACUUUUCACCCGGAGUGAUUUCCAGUAACUUCUAAUUCUAAUAUGACAAUUUAGCAUAAAAAUAUUUUGGCAACUGCGUGGCAAAAUAUAUUUUAGAUUAAGUGAAUGAAACAACUGCCAUGCCUCCAUAUCGACAAAGAGAAGUACGAUCACUUAAGUGUAUAAACGGUGAAACACUGAACCCAGAAGAUGUUACAACUAAAGAGCUCAACCCUGCAUACAUGUUUGCAACUGCUCAACGUGCUCGCUCGCACAGUCUACGCUCUCUGGUCAAGUUAAGUUAAGUUAAGUUUUGAGACUUUGGAGGUGGGGACUUAACGUACAUUUGAUUGGCUGGCAGGGACGCUUGUCUCGCCUGUCGUCACACCUGCUUUCAAGAAUUCCAGUCAUGGCCACACACAGAUCCAGCUGUGGUAGUCUCAAUGGUUAUUCCUUUUAAAUGUAUAUUUGGCAGAGGCUGUAAAUAAACAGCACAUAGCUUUUGAUCCAGAUCGUAGAAGUUAGACUAUCACAGUAAAGUUGAUUAGCUGAGAGGCCUCUCCCCGGCCGGUGAGGAAGGUAGAUCCUAGAUAGGUAGAUCCUAGGUAGACAACAUUAAUAAAGUGUAUUAUAGUUAAACAUAGCUGCAAAGAAUUACCUUUACAGUGUCAGGCAGACGCAGCCUUUGCUUUUGUACAGGUUCUUGCCCAGUAAAAACCAAACAAAUGGAAUGAUGCCUCCAGCUUUAUUUUCUUAUAUUUCUUUUAUGCUGUUCUGAGCCUAUUCCAGAAGCAGCUUUUUUGUCCCUAUUGUAACAUGUUAAAUUAUUUAUCAACAGUACGUUCAACCGCAUAUUCAAGUCAUUAACAAUUGCAACAGCUUGCUGUAAGGGUUACCAUUGUUAUUUUAGCAAACAGUGACAAGAAAGUCCAACAAAAAAGAUAUUAAUAUUUUAUUGAUUAGAUUUGCUUGAUAAUAAUUGAACAAAAUCAAACAAAGAUUAAUUGAAAGUGAAUAAAAAUAAUGCGAGACCAAACAAAUGACCUCAAGUAAACUAUACAAGACAUUCAAUUAUAAAAUACUUUUCUUUCACCAAUCAGGAUCAAUCAGCAGGUGUUGGGGGGUGCAGUUUGUAAUUACUUGAAUAUGUGGUUGAACAUACUGUUGAAAAAUAAUUUAACUUGAUACAAUUUGAACUAGGCUCAGGAUAAACUAACAGGAUGAAAGGAAAGGCAUGAGGCUGGAGGCAUCAUUCCAUUUGGGGUUUUUUUCACUGGGAAAAUCCUGUACAAAAUCAAAGGCUGUGUCUGCCUAACACUGUAAGGGACCUUUGCAGCUACAUGUAACUAUGAUACACUGGUUACCGGCUAAACGAUGGACAAUCUUGCACUGGAACGUGUUUAGAAAAACUGUUGUAAAAGCUGAGUGUUGCAGAGGAGUGCUGAAGCAAUGUCCUAAGUUGAGAUAAGAGGAUCUGCAGCAUUACAGGAGACAUGUAAAGGAAAAGAGGGAUUUUAAUUGAACAGCUCAGAUCAUUCUUCACUAAGCUGCUGGAGCAUCUACACAGAAACAUUUGAACAUGUACAGCACAAAUUCCUCCUGACACACAGGAUGCACACACCUGGGCCGGCGAGGGGGCUUCUCAACUAAUCAAGUUUACAGUGAUAGUCUAACAUCUACAAUCUGACUUCUUUUUUUUUAUCACAAUCUUUGUAGCGGCUACAUCUGGAACUGUCUAUGAAUCAGUGACACACUGUGUAACUGCCGCAUUUGUGCAUGCAGAGCAGGUCCUCACCAGGAUAGUUUUCAGCUUGUGGAUACUGUUCUGUGUGCUGAUAUCGCAGGUUUUGAUACUAAUUAAAUUUGACUUAUUUAGCCGACGCUUCUACAAUUGCUGUAGGUAUAUGUCGGAGGUCGCACGGCUCUGGCAAUUAGGGGUUAAGUGUCUUGCUCAGGGACUUGCAGUGGGAAUCAAACCUGGGUUUCCCGACACCUGCGCCAUCGCCACUCCAUAGAUGUCACUGCAGCAGUAAGGAGUUAGCACCUAGAUCUGCACUGUGAUCAAGUAUCCACAAUUCUACUUUUAAAAUCAAACUUAAUUUAUGGUGAGAAAUACAGCAAACUAUAUAUUUCAAGGAAGAAAUCCUUCUAAAAUGACAACAAAACCUUCAACCCUAAUGAACAACAGUUAAAGCUACUGUUAUAACAUAUUCCCAAUAUUCUGAUGAAGUUGUUGUUUGUAAAAAUGUAAAAACUGCAAAAAUUGGUGCAGCUGAUGUUUGACGCUGUUAUUGUCGAUGCUACCACUAGAUGGUGCCAAAGUAAGAAGUUUUCAAAUCCUACACAUACUUUAGCAUAUAUUUCUAAAAUAAUGUUUUGCUUAAACCGAUCAGUGGUGAUAAUAAAUAUCAGUAGAAGAGGGACGAAGCAACAUUAGACAUUUGAAACUCAACUCCAGAGCCCAGCUGCUGCUGUUACACCAACAAACACUUGAGCAGAGUCGUUGGAGUGACAGUGAGUGUGCUGGACGCCCCGGUGUCUUCGACUGUCCACGACCGGUUUUCACCAAUGAUGUCUUUGAUAAUACCCAUGUGGGCAAGAUCACAUAUGCACACUUACCUGCCAGCACAGUAGACUAUUUCAGAGGAAAAAGCACUUCAGUUUAUUUUUCAACCCUUUACAAGCUCUUCCAAAGCCUCCUGUGGAUCUCCAGGGAACUUCAGUGAUCUGUGGGAGCAAAACAACUGACUCUCUCUGUGUAUGCAUGGAGUCAGUGACAUAUACAAAUAUGCAAACAUUAAGAGUUCAACACAUGCCUAUUGUGCUUCCCUGUGUGUGUGCGUGUGUGUGAGUUUGUUGGGGGAGGAGUUUUGAAGAUUCUGCUCCUGUUUUGUCAGAAGAGCAAAGUGUUUAAGGCAGCUAUGUGAAGUCAUGCCAAAAUUCUGUUUUUCUAUAUGGAUAAUUGUACAAUAUCAGCUGUGUGGAGCCGAGAGAGAACCUAAUCUAAACAGUGAGGCUCCAGUUUAUAUGUCAGUGUUUCUAAGAGAGCUUUGUUGUGAGCGAAUAACCUCCUUAAAUCCAAAACUACAGAGUCUUACCUGAGUGAUAUUUUUGCAUUUUUCCUUUUCCCAUUUUCAGUAUUUUUGCUCCCUUCCAGAAUCCUUAGUUUUGCUGAGCAAAGUCUGAAAAAACAAAAUGGAGCUGAACCAAACUGUACUGCCUACCACUGUCGUGCAACCAGACUCUGUGUUUGUCUUAAUCAUAUCUGGAUGAACAGUCCGUCUCUCUGUCUGUGCCCUUAUGCAUGUACUUUAUGUACGUGGGUGACUGUGCGUGGACCAAUUUUGUAACAGUUGUACAAAAGCCUUGUUAAGUUAACCUGUGUAUAUAAAUAUUAUACAUAAUAUAUUAAAUUAUUUGUUUUGGAAA